UACUCUGUUCCUUGCCAGCUAACAUUGACGAGCAACAGAACUUGAGCAUGGAUACCCGUAUGAGGGCCAAGUUUCCACCUCCUAAACCCGACCUCACCUUCACCAGGCCUCCCAAAUCGAAGGUUGCUCUGUUUUUCUGGCGUUGGCGCAUAUGGUUUGAAUCCACCUUCGUGCUGUCAAUGUUGGAACCUUGGGAAAAGAUCAUGCUCCUCACUAUUUUGUUCAUAUGCUCUUCCUUCGUCCUCUCAGCGCUCUUCAAAUACAUCCGCCAAGAUAUUGGCGGGGUACAGCAACGCGUCGUAUAUUACUUGCUCGGACAGGAAGGGGAAAAAUCUGCGAUAUGGCACCGGACUAGCAACGGUGCUAUUGAAAGGCACGGCGAACUCUAGGUUCCCUAUACAGUACGCAGCUUUAAUUACCUCUAAAUCCAAGCAUUUCGGUUUGCAAUGCAGGGAAUAAUAUAUAUGAUACGUAUCUGGCACAGACGUCUAUUGUACAGGGAAUUCAAGAAAGGGAUUAGAUUAGAGGUCCAUUACAUUACCCCU